GUGUCUUUAUAACCGGACUAGAUGUGCGUGUUUUUUAAAUAAUUCUAUUUAUAGAAACAAAAUGUGUUGUUUUUUUUUUCUUUAGUAAGCGAAGACAAUCUAGUGAAUCUAUAUUGCCAAGAUUAAAAUAAUCUUAUACUUCUUUUUCAAUGUUAGAGUACUUUUGUGUGUAGAGUUGUAGACUAUUAGGACUAGCCUACUAUAAAAACUUUCUGUAGACUUUUUAAAAUUUAUUUUAGUAAUGAUAAAACUAUUAUUGUGUGGAUUUUUAUAUGGAUAUUGAUUUGGAUAAGUAUAUCCACGUGAUUGUGCAAACAGUGGCUCGCUGUUCAUCAUACGACACAAGACUUUGUGACUUUGGAGGCGAUGUGACCUGCCGCCAGCCAAACGUCCACCAAGCCUGGUGUGUGUAUGUGUGCAUUUCUCAUUGAGGCCCGGAUGUGGAUAAUUUCAGGCCGACCUCGGAGGUCCUCCGCUCGUAUGGAUUAAUUAAAAGAUCAGCUCAACUCUUUGGAUUAAUGUAUCCUAAGAUGGCCUUCGUCUCGUUUACGACAUGAGUGCCUGUGACGUCACAGUUGGUUCUCCCAGAGAUCGGGAAACUCCGAUUCGGACCAGAAAACUUGGAACUGGAGGACGGGGAAUUCCCGGAUUUUGGUGGACUGGACGAAUAUUCUGGAAAGGUUACCACCAUACUCUCGACGAAGCAGACGUCUAUGACGUACUUCCGCAGGAUUCCACUGUCAAACUUUCGAACAAUUUGGCCAGAGAAUGGGAGAAAGAGCUGUAUAAUUAUAAGACAGGUGGGAGACCCAAGCUGACAAGAGCCUUGUGGAGAUGUUACAGAACACAGAUCCUAGCAUUUACAUUGUUAAUAUUUAUGGAGGAGUGUAUGCGGAUGGUGCAGACCAUACUAAUGGGCAAGUUCAUAGCACUAUUUGAAGUCAGCAAGGUCCAUCCCAACUUCCUCUCUUCCAGUGGCAGCAUCACUGAUAACAAGACAGCAAUUGUUGACAACUCCCAUCGCCAUCAAACCAUCGCCCGCCCUGAUGUCUUCAUACUUAUCACUUUCAUCAUCCUGAUUUAUCUGGUCAGCAUAUUUCUGGAUCAUAAUUUUUUUCACCAUGGCUACCGUAUGAGGGUAGCAACAACAUCACUCAUUUACAGAAAAGUAAUGCGAUUGUGCAGCUCUGCUCUGAAACCUGCAAUGAUGGAGACUAUUAUGAACUUAAUCACAAAAGAAAUGGAUGUGUUUCCUCUGGUUGUUUUACCAGCAACAUAUAUUCUCAUUGGCCCAGUUCAGUUAGCUGUCACUUGUUAUCUGCUUUGGGAUUGGCUAAAUUUAGGUCCAGCCUGUGUAACCAGUCUUCUUAUUUUAUUUUUAAUGUUUCCUGUGCAAGUAGUCAUGGGAAGACUUUCCAGAAUUUUAAGGGAAAAAUUGGACAGUUUGACCAAUGUCAGACUCAGACAUUUACAGCUGAUAAUGUCUGGGCUAGAAGAAAUGAAAACAUCCAACUGGGCUGACUUCUGUGUUCGUGUCAUUGGUAGAACCAGAAAGUCUGAGCUUAGUCAAAUGAAAAAACUUUCAAGGCUCCAGGCGUUCAACAGCUCCAUGACCUUGACCUCUGGUAAAGCUGUGCUUAUGGCCACCUUUGUGCUACUGGUGGUCAUGGGUCAUGAAAUCAAUGGUACGCAGAUCUUCACAGCCCUGGCUUUGCUGGAGUCACUCAGAGUGAGCAUGAGCAUCCUUCUGCCAGCUGGGAUGUUGGCCCUCUCGGACACACUGACCACACUAAACAGAGUGGAGAAAGUGUUGCUUUUACCUGAGAAGACUUCAAUAAUCAGUCGACCAUCAACACUUUCCGUUAGUGAUGACACUGUUAUUCGAUUCAAAAACUAUUUUGCUAGCAGAGAAAAGAAUUUCGAUGCUCCAAUGGUUCUUGUAAAUAUUGAUGUUGAUAUUGAAAAGAAUGAACUGUAUUGUAUUAUUGGUCCCCCUGACAGUGGAAAGAGCUGUCUUCUUCUGGCUGUCCUUGGUGAGCUCGAGAGGCACAAAGGUCAAGUCUUCCAUGAUGGUAAACUGGGUUAUGUCCCUGCCUGGCCAUGGCUGUGUCCUGGGACCAUCAGGGAUAACAUUGUGUUUGGCUCAGAAUUUUCCCACUCAAGGUACACGCAGGUGUUAAACUCUUGUGCCUUGAACCAGGUUGUGGAUUCUUUUCCAUUGAGAGAUCAGACUGUAGUAGGAGAAAGAGGUCUUGCACUGGAUCCAAGCAUUCAAGCAAAAAUUACAUUAGCUAGAGCUGUGUAUCAAAACUGUGAUAUUUAUCUCAUUGAUGACAUUUUAAAAGGAAUGGAUGCUAAGUCAGCCAUGCAUAUUUUCAAAAAGUGCAUAUGUGGUUUGUUACGAUCCAAAACUCGAUUAGUUAUUACUGACAACACACAGCACACACAAAUUGCUUAUAAAGUAAUAUUAAUGUCUCAGUGCCGUGUUCAUCACAUAGGUAGCUAUGAUGAGCUCCUCGAGUGUGGAGUCAAUGUCAAUAAAAUAUUAACAUCUAGAUCUUAUAAAAAUGUGGAGGUUAGCAAGCUGGCAGACUCGACCUCUCCUCUCAUUCAAGACUUAGCCAAUGCCAGCAUGGCCUUGAGCCUCACCACCAAUCCUUUGACCAGCGGGAGCAAGGACAGUCCAGCUGGAUCAGCUUUUGACAUUCUCCAAGCAGACUUCAAGGAAUCAGGGGAUCCUCUUAUAUCAAAUGAUGGAGAUAGUAACUAUAGUGGACCGUUCCAUAAGAGGUCAAUCUACACAACUUACUUCCUCCUUGGCGGAGGAUUCUGUGGAAUUUUUUUCUUUAUCUUCACAUGUCUUUUAGAACAGGGAGGUUUUGUUCUAUGUGAGUGGUGGCUGGCCUACUGGUCAGAUAAUUAUCAAAAUGUAAGUGCAGUAACAUUUACCAAAAACUCUCUCAUUGGCCAAUCAGCGACAGUUAUAGAUUACCACAUUUUUGUCUACAUUGGCAUUGUUGCUGCCACAGUUUUGCUGGGCCUGUUUCAGGCAAUUUUGUUUUAUGCAAUAGCUCAGAAAGCAGGCUGGUUGUUGCAUGAUUUGGCUGUCGGAUCACUGCUGCAAGCACCACUGUCAUUUUUUGAUGCAAAUAGCAGAGGUGGUGUGCUUAGCCAUUUUUUGAGAGAUGUUGGCAUUGUUGAUUCUUUACCACCAGUUCUCUUGGAUCUGAUAGAGUCUCUGAGUGUCCUGCUGGCUACUGCUUUAAUUGUUGGCUGUGUCAAUUACUGGCUGUUCAUUGUGAUAGUCCCUUUGUUUUUUCUCUUCAUGUGGGCUGUGAAAAGAUUCUAUAAAGCCACACAGGAUGUGGAGCGGAUAGAGCUGGCCUCUAAAUGUGCAGUUGGAGCUCAUGUUGUGAGUAGCAUGGAAGGAAUUCAAACCUUGAGGUCCUUAAAUGUGGAGCAAAGGUUUCUACACAAGUUUGAUGUGUACCAAGACAGAAGCACUGCAGCUUGUUACCUUCAUUUAGCUGCCAACAGAUGGUUCGGUAUAAGAGUGGACCUGAUUGGUUUGGCUCUAGUCAUUGGUGUAGUCCUAGCUUCAUUCCUGGUGGUAGAGUUCCAAGGCUUGCAAUUACCUGCAUCAUUAGUGGCUCUAUCCUUGUAUUACUCCCUGAAUCUUACAAAUGUAAAUCAACCUGUCUUGAGAAAAUCUGCGGCAGUACAUUUCAAGAUGAGGUCAGUGUCACAUCUGCUGCAGUACUAUCAGCUAUCUCCAGAAGUCCCUCUUCUAGCAGAUGUAGACACACCCACACCACCUGGCUGGCCCAGGUAUGGUAUAAUCACAUGUGAGGGAGUCUCUGUUCCUCCAGGCAAUGGGGCACCGGCUAAGGGAGGCAACCUAUUGAGAAACAUUUGGUGCUGCAUCAGAGCGCAGGAAAAAAUGGGCAUGAUAUUCUGUACUGCAUCAGAACAAAGGGCCUUUCUGUCCAUGCUGUUUCGCUUGACUGACUAUGUUGGUGUUGUGCGUAUUGAUGGGCUGGACACCCUGACUUUACAGAAGAACAAACUCAGAGACAAACUCAUGUAUAUAUCCCAGAAUCCAACUUUAUUCAUUGGAAGUAUCAGAGAAAACCUUGACCCUGAUCAAAAUUUUACUGACGCCCAAGUUUGGAAGGUUCUGGAAGAGGUUCGCCUCUCCACUCUUGUCUUAUCUCUGGACAACAAACUAGCAACUGACAUAUCCAUUCUGGGAGAUGGUAUGAGUGUUGGUCAGAGACAACUUCUUCGACUUGCGUCUGCCAUGUUACAGCAAUCAAAAAUAGUCAUUUAUGAGGAACCAAGCUCUAGUCUUGACAUUAUGUGUAACACACUGAUCCAGAAUAUCUUGCGGAUUCAGUUCCCAUCCAGUACAGUGUUACACAUAGCACAUCUACCUGACACAAUCAUACACACUGACAGGAUCAUGAUUUUCUCAGAGGGAAAGAUAGCAGAGGUUGACACUCCAUACUACUUGCUGCAGAAUCCCAGCAGUCGUCUGAGUUGCCUUGUUGCAGAACUAGGAUCUGCUCAAGCUGAGAACCUACGCCAGCUUGCCUUGAACAAGCAUGAGAACCGUCCGUAUGUCGCUCCGCACAUUGACCCUGAGGACUUUCAGGACUUCGCACCUCCACUCGGAGGUGACAUGAAAGCUCCAAACAACCUGAAUGUAUUGCCAACUUUCCAUUCUUCACGGCUGGCUGGUGUGUUGAAUCAGCUUCCGACAAACAAAUUCUCCACCGACAGGCUCUAACCUAAUCAAUUCUUAGUGACUUCAUAAGACUAUGUGAUGAGAUCAUUACUUAAUGUACACAAGUCUGGCAGCAUUAAAAAUGUUCCUUUUUGGUUUCAUUGCAAUUUGGCAUUUCCCAAUGCAUUCUAUGUGUGAACAUUGAAUUUCAUUUCUAGAUAUUCAAUUUACUGUAAAUUUAGUUCCAUGUUUUGAUUACUCCAGUUACCCAUAAGCUCCUCUAAGGAAAUAACUCUUUAAAAAUACAUUGAAUUUAGAACUAAGUAAGGUGUAGUCAUUUGACAAAACUAAUGUAAAAAAAUGUGAUUGAGUUGGAAAGAUUUUCAUUUCCCUUGCAGUUUUUAUUGUCUUGUGAAACUGGUAUGGCUGUGGCUUUGUGCAGUCAAACAUUUUAAAUCAGUUAAUGACAGUGACUCCUGCAGAUCUGAGGAUAAUACGAAAUCUUGUCUAGGUCUGUAGCUACACCACACAUUACAUUUAGAAUAGGCUAUCUCAUCUAAAUUGGAAAAUAGGGGCUCACAAUAGUUUUAGUGGUAGUGUCCUCUAGGAUUAAUGAUAAUCCAUUAACUCUUUCUCUCCAUAAUUAUUAACCACAUUCUAGUGGAAUCAAUGUUGGUAUCGUCAAUAAGAGAGAAAGAGUUAAGGGUAUCCAUUCAAACAUCUGAACAAAUAAGAACAUUUCAAGUAGGACUUUUAUUGUCAUUGAUCAGUUUUAUGUCCAUACAAAUUUUGUAUAAAACAUUUCAUUAUUUAUUCAAUACUUUAUCCUAUAUUACCAUAUUACUAUGUAUAAGACUUUCUUACCAAUUUAAUGUUUUACAUUUUUACACACAAGUCAAUAUGGUUAAGAUGAAUAGUGUUUUAACUAUUUACAUGUAGACAGCUUGUGCUGUCUUAUUCCACAGAGCUUUAUUAGUUAACUUCAUCAGCUUUCAGUGUUCCUGUGAGAAUUGUUGACAAUAGAACAUCACUAGGCUUGAACACAAUGGCUAGGAUUAUACAAUGUGAUAAAGCUGCACCAAACUUAUUCUGUGCAGCAUUUUUUUUUAUACAUUUUUUUUCUCUACUUUUGAGUCUUGAUCUAGUCUGUUUUUACAUUGUGUUCAAUUGUAUCAUUACACUGAGCACAUUGUGCAGCAAAUGUUUUCAAAAGAAAUGUACAUAUACUUAUACACUUAUAAAGUUGUUGAUCAAGUGUUAUUGAUGUUAUUGAAGUGUUUAUGUCAAUGAUUUCAACUUAACAGUUCCUUUUGUUGAUAAAUUUUGUUUAUCAUAAUAAGUCAUUGUUUUCAAGUCCAAAGAAUAUGAAAGAUUGUGGAAUUUUAAUUGGUUAUGUGUUUAAUUAUGCAGUUUUAUGUAAUCAUCUAAAUAAAUUAACUAAGGUUUUGUAUGUUUUAAAUCUUUCCAUGUUGAUUUUAAUUGGUUAUAUGUUAGUUAUGUUCUUUAUGUAAUCUAAAUAGAUUAAUAACUAAUGUUAAGGUUUUAUAUGUAUUAAAUCUUUGCUUGUAGGUCAAACCUUGUCUGAAUAUUUCUGUCAUCUCAAGUUUAGCCUACACUCUGAGUGAAAGGAUUGUACAAUAAUUGAGUUUAAAGCAGUUGAAAAAAAUGUCUUUAAUUACAAUUAAUUGGUUCGAUCACUUAAACAUAAAUACAAAGUUUAAUGAAUAAUUCUUAAAUUGUUCUUAAUAGGAAUGAUAUCUAGACUAAAAUUGUGGCAUCCGUUACUUUGUGUUAACAUUUGAGUGGCCGCUAGUGACCACUAGAUCUUAUGGACCCCGUCCAUCACAUACAUUCUAGAUUUUAUCAAGUUUCCCCCUUUCAGACCUUGUGGUCUAUAGGGCAGAUAAUGUAAAGGUCAUCUGUUUCUGGGGCCUUCAGUUAACAAGGGUGUCGUGUGGCCAGCACAAUGACCAGCCACCUUUACUUUUCCCCCAACUAAUGUUAGGUACCCAUUAGAGCUGGGUGGACUCAGAGGUUCAGUUCAGAAGCUAAGUGCUUUACUGCUCAGCCACUGCGCCUCCAGAGUUUUAUCAAAGAAAAGUGUUUUACUUCAAAACUGUGUUUCUUAAAUGUACAUUUUCUGUGUUUGUUGUUUUAACAAUCAAUUAUAAAUAAUCUCUACAACUUGACAUUUGUAUUAACUGGUCUACCAUCUUGACACCUUUAUCAUCUGGAAUGCUCUACACUCGAAAUAUAUAUAUUUGGUGAUCACACUAUCAUGCCCUCUGGUCAACAACUGACCAUGUGACUUUCUGCUGAUCUUUAGUUUGUAAAAUAGUUUUUAAUAAACUUACAUAAUUUGAUUUGACAUCAAAACAAGUAAGAUUUGAUACCUUACUAUUAACUAUACUAAUAAAAUGUAUUUAUUGAUUCCUA